GCAUCCUGACUGAAGCUUGGAUUUGCUGAGGAUUGACUUUGUAAGAGGAACCUAGACACAGGCGUAGGUUGAACAGAAGUCGCUAUCUGUUCUUCGUUCUGCUGUGAUGUUAACCUGUUGUUAUUUGUUGUUAACAAUGAAGAAGUCAUUUCAAUCUAGUUGUUGUUGUUGUUGUUUGUUUAAAUGUAGAUGUUGGUGUUUCUGGUGUAGAGUUAGUCACAGCGCUGCUUUUUCUUCAAAUGACAGAAUGAAUACUCUCUUUAGCUACAUAUUGUUUACAUGAUAUUGUCUUGUUGUGUAUUAUUACAAACAUUUUGAGCCUGUUGUGUUUAAUGAUGCGAGAAUAGAUUGGAUGAUGAUAAUGAUGAUGAUCAAAUAAAGUAUAAUUACAUUUCAGUGGUUUACACAAAAUGAUGAGUUUUUGCUUUUCGUAAUAUUUCGAGCAAAAUUACUGCCCAUGUUCACACCAACUUUUGGAAUUAUUUUGUUUUUUAAAGUAUGCCAGCGUCAUUGGAGGUGACUGGAGAAUGUGAGACUAGUUGUUGGAAGGUAGAGAAAGUGAAGAAAGCGUCAAAUAUAUGGGACAAGGAUAGGGGUGAUAUGAGUGCCAGUUAAUCGCAUGUUCGCAAGGAUAUGCAGGAAGAUAGCGAUAAUAAUAACGAUGUUGGUGAGGUUGUUGACAUUGAAUUGAUUGUAGAUGAAGUAACUCGUUCAUAUGAUGAAAAAAGCUGUUGUCGAUGACUGUUCAACACAACUGUUGGAAAGGCUGAAUCCCAGUGCCAUUAGUUCUUUAGCUGUUGAAGGUAAUAACGCAUCUCUCUUGCGCAAUACCAUAAUUAUAGAGUUGUCUGAUGAUGAUGACCAUGGUGAUGAUGGUGGUUAUGAUGCUGAUGAUGAAGAUAGUGUGGAAGAAUUCUGUUGUGAUUGGUGGUUAAAAUGUGUGAAUUAACAGUAAGAUUGCUAAUAAAAGUAAUGCUGGUGCGAAUUAUGAACUUUCAGAGAUACCCAGCCCAGCAGAGUCACUUUAGUAAUUUGAUAUAGUGCAAUAGUUGAUCUACUGUGAAUUCUUUGUUUCUGAAAAUCGUCUUGUACAAAAUCCUUUCAUAUGUUGGAUUUUUCAAAGCAAAGCAAACACUUUAAUCAGAUGAUUGUUUUGUUCGACUGUCUUGUUUUUUUUCUUUGUUUGUGUUCACAUGUUGUUUCCUUUAAAUGUUUUAUUUGAAUGGCUUAAAGAGGUAGAAUUAGUUAAGGCUAAGAUUGUAAACUUGUUAUUGAUGGGUAAGGGUACACAGUUAUCCCUUAUCAUAGACAGACAUGUUGAAAUUUUGAAGAGAGGAUGUUCUGGCUCAUAUUGCCUAAACUGACAUUUCGUUAUCUUGCCUCCAUAGCCCAUGGGAGGAAGAUGGAGGUUUUAUGUGUUGAAUAAAAUAAUUCAUCUCAGACUGUUUCUUUAGUGAACGUGGAGACGGUUGGAGACUUUCAAGUGUUGAGUUGUGGGGAUUUGAAUAAUUUGAACCUGAAAAUAUUUGGACUGUGUUUGUAAACUUAGGAGCACUUGGAGCUGUCUGCCUUUGCUCGGUGAUGAGCUAGGGAUUAGUUUGCGAUGAUGAUCAUCUUACCACCAGGGUGAAUUCGAAUGACUUGUAGAUUUAAGUUAUGUCAACUCUCGAUGUUACGCUACUGAUUUUCGCUUAUCGCCGUGUUUUUCAGGUGGUAUAUAUUCAGACGGUAUCUUUUUUGGUCAGUUGCUUGAUGAUGUGGAGUGUAGAUAUUCAGACGAGAAUAUAAAGCGUUGUAGGCAAUUGUAAAUGGUAUUUCGGAUGAAUGUUACUGAAUUGAUUAAAUGCUUUUUAUGAACUCGUCUUUCUUUAUUUUCAUUAUAUCUUAAGGCAGGUAUUCAGCUUCGUUUUUCAGAAUUUGAGCAUCGUUUGUAAUCGGUUUGAUUUCGCCAACAUCUCUUGAACACAUAGUGUUGUCUUUUAGUCAACGCAAUGAUUCAAUCUCUCAAUGAAUUGAUUAAUUGGCUUCACACCAAUGGUUUAGAGCUCUGCAUUCACAGAGUGUGAAUUAUUUGAAACUUCGUUGCAGCUGUUCAUCGGGAUGAG